GGUGGCGGCGGCCGCCCAGGUCUGGCGUUUGUCAUGGAGUUGGUGCGGGAAGCGCGGGAACUGGACUGCUGGGCGGUAGAAGAGAUGGGGGUACCCUUGGCAGCUCGAGCCCCGGAAUCGACGUUGCGUAGGCUGUGUCUGGGUCAGGGAGCUGACAUCUGGGCAUAUGUCCUGAAGCAUGUCCACAGUCAAAGGAGUCUAAAGAAGAUCCGGGGAAAUCUGCUCUGGUAUGGUUACCAGGAUAGUCCAGAGGUUCGUCGCAAGUUGGAACUGGAAGCCACGGCCGCCCGCCUCCGAGCUGAGAUCCAAGAGCUGGACCAGAGCCUAGAGCUGAUGGAUCAGGAGACCGAGACUCAAAACAUAGCCGAGGAGCAGGCACUGCAGAGCAUGCGUGACACCCAGCGUCAGGCUCUCCUCCUCCAGGCCCAAGCCGGGGCUGUGCGGAAACAGCAGCAUGGACUCCGAGGACCCAUGCAGCGGCUGCACAACCAGCUCAAGCGCCUGCAGGACAUGGAAAGGAAGGCCAAAAUGGAGGUGACCUUUGGCCCCCUGACAUCAGCAACCCUGGCCCUGGAGCCUGAGGUCUUGCGGGAUGUCCGAGCAGCUUGCAACCUCCGCGCCCAGUUUCUUCAGAACCUCCUCAUGCCCCAGGCCCAAGGAGGCCCUGUCCAAAACUCUCGAGAUGACCAAUUUGGAACUUCCUACCAGCAGUGGCUUAGCUCAGUGGAGACCCUGCUGACAAACCACCCACCGGGCCAUGUGCUGGCCGCCUUGGAGUACCUGGCUGCAGAGCGGGAGGCUGAGAUCCUAGCCCAAUGCCGCAGUGAUGAUGGACUGGGAGAGACCCAGCUACCCAGACCCCAGGUACCCGACCAGUCAGAUUCUGACCAGCCAGCACCGUCCAUGGUACAUCUCAUCCAGGAAGGCUGGCAGGCCCUUGGUGCGCUGGUCACUCAGCAGGGCGCCCUCCUGAAAGAAUACCAGGUCCUCACUGGCCGCCUUCAGGAUGUGGUGGAAGAGGUGGAGAAAUGCGUCCUGGCAUCAAGCCAGAGGAAGGUGCUGAUGCUGGGGCUUCGGUGCUAUGGCCUCAGAGCAGAGCUCAAGGCCCUGUGUGCCCAGAGCCAGGAGUUGGAGGAGACAGCUGAGCACCAGCAGCUUCUGCUGAAGGAGCUCCAGGCCAAGCAGCAGAGGAUCCUGCACUGGCGCCGGCUGGUGGAGGAGACCCAGGAACAAAUCCGCCUGCUCAUCAAGGGAAACUCAGCCAGCAAGACGCGCCUGGGCCGGGGUCCAGGGGAGGUGCUGGCUCUGCUUGAGCGGAAGGUGGUUCCCACUUCUGAGGCUGUGGCACCACAGAGCCAGGAGCUGCUCCGCUGCCUGGAGGAGGUAGCCCGGCAUCUGCCAGAUAUUCUGCUGGGCCCCUUGCUGCGGCACAGCCCCGAAGGCUCCAAGCCACUGCCCACCAUCCUGCCAUCCAUCCACCAGCUGCACCCCACACCCCCGGUGGGCUCUAGCCUCAUAGCACUGAGUCACAUACUGGGGCUGCCUGCAGGGAAGGCACCAGAGCUGCUCCUCCCGAAGGCUGCCUCUCUUCGCCAGGACCUUCUAUUCCUCCAGGACCAGCGCAGUCUCCGCUCUGCCAGUUUACUCCACCUGAAGACCCAUCUACAGCCAGAACUGCCCACCCAGGAGCUGCUGCAGGUCCAGGCCUCCCAGGAAAAGGAGCAGAGAGAGAGCGUGGGACAGGUUCUGAAGCGGCUGGACAACUUGCUCAAGCAGGCGCUGAAGCGUAUCCCUGAGCUCCAGGGGGUCGUGGGGGACUGGUGGGAGCAGCCAGGCCAGGCUGCCCUUUCCGAGGAGCUCUGCCAGGGCCUGUCUUUUUCCCAAUGGCAUCUGCGCUGGGUCCAGGCACAAGGAGCCCUGCAGCAGUUGUGCAAAUGAAGAGAAGCUCAAAUCAAGAAUCUAGCCAGGCGCCGGUAGCUCACACCUGUAAUUGUAGCUACCCAACAGGCUGAGAUUUGA